GCCCUCUCCCGGCGCUGCCUGCGGAGGCUCGUCUUCCUCCCACCCCGGUUCCGGCGCUGCUCCCGCGGGAGCGGUCCGCGUCGCUCUGCGCCCACCCACGCGCGGCUCGCCGACGCGUCCUGCGGAGCCCGGCCCUUCCGAGCUCCGGUGGGCGCGCGCCCCGGGCUCCCUCGGAGGCAGUUUGAGGCCUGGGGCCGGGUCGCGUGAGGCGCGCCCCCCGCUCGCCAUCCAGGACCCCGCCGGCGACCCGUAGCGCGGGCGCGCGCCUGUCGCAGCCCGCAGGAAGGAGGGGUCCGGCCUGAGGCCCGGGGCGGCGGCCGCCAUGGAGAUCCCCUCGGCCCAGGGCCGGCGCCUAGGGCCUCGGGGGCGGCCCUGACCGCGCUCCCCGCCCGGGCCGGGUCGCGGACGUGCGCCCUGCGGCUCCGCCCUCCCCGGGCCGCGCGGCUGCCUGGGCGCGGCGGCGGCGGCGCCCUGUUGAAUGGGCUGUGAGGGCCCGGCUCUGAAGUGCGGGCGGACGCGGCGUCCGGGGGCGCCAGGCAGCAGCCGAGGUGGCGACCAAACGGGUGCUGGAGUUGGCGGCGGCCAUGGAGGGCCUGGCCGGCUAUGUGUACAAGGCGGCCAGCGAAGGCAAGGUCCUGACCCUGGCCGCCUUGCUCCUCAACCGGUCCGAGAGCGAUAUCCGCUACCUGCUGGGCUACGUGAGCCAGCAGGGGGGACAGCGCUCCACGCCCCUCAUCAUCGCCGCCCGCAACGGGCACGCCAAGGUGGUGCGCUUGCUGCUGGAGCAUUACCGGGUGCAGACGCAGCAGACCGGCACGGUCCGCUUCGACGGGUAUGUCAUUGAUGGUGCAACUGCUCUCUGGUGUGCUGCAGGAGCAGGGCACUUUGAAGUCGUUAAACUUCUAGUCAGCCAUGGAGCCAACGUGAACCACACCACAGUAACUAACUCCACCCCACUGCGAGCUGCAUGCUUUGAUGGCAGACUGGACAUUGUGAAGUACUUGGUUGAAAAUAAUGCCAACAUCAGCAUUGCCAAUAAGUAUGACAACACCUGCCUGAUGAUUGCGGCAUACAAGGGGCACACAGAUGUGGUGAGGUACCUGUUAGAGCAGCGUGCCGAUCCCAAUGCUAAAGCCCAUUGUGGAGCCACAGCGCUACACUUUGCAGCAGAGGCUGGGCACAUAGACAUUGUGAAAGAGCUGAUAAAAUGGCGAGCCGCCAUUGUGGUGAAUGGCCAUGGGAUGACACCACUGAAGGUAGCUGCUGAGAGCUGUAAAGCCGAUGUGGUCGAGCUGCUGCUGUCUCAUGCCGACUGUGAUCGAAGAAGUCGGAUCGAGGCUUUGGAACUCUUGGGUGCCUCCUUUGCAAACGACCGUGAGAACUAUGACAUCAUGAAGACAUACCACUAUUUAUAUUUAGCCAUGUUGGAGAGGUUUCAAGAUGGUGAGAACAUUCUUGAAAAAGAGGUUCUCCCACCGAUCCAUGCUUACGGGAAUAGAACUGAGUGCAGAAACCCUCAGGAGCUGGAGUCCAUUCGGCAAGAUAGAGACGCUCUCCACAUGGAAGGCCUCAUAGUUCGGGAACGGAUCUUAGGUGCUGACAACAUUGAUGUCUCCCAUCCCAUCAUUUACAGGGGGGCUGUUUAUGCGGAUAACAUGGAAUUCGAACAGUGUAUCAAAUUGUGGCUUCACGCUUUGCACCUCAGGCAGAAAGGUAACAGGAAUACCCACAAAGAUCUUCUUCGAUUUGCUCAAGUUUUCUCACAGAUGAUACAUUUGAAUGAAACUGUGAAGGCCCCAGACAUAGAAUGUGUUUUGAGAUGCAGUGUUUUGGAAAUUGAACAGAGUAUGAACAGAGUUAAAAAUAUUCCAGAUGCUGAUGUCCAUAGUGCUAUGGACAACUACGAAUGUAAUCUGUACACCUUCCUGUACUUAGUGUGCAUCUCCACCAAGACCCAGUGCAGCGAGGAAGACCAGUGCAGAAUUAACAAGCAGAUCUACAACCUGAUCCACCUUGACCCCAGAACUCGGGAAGGCUUCACCCUGCUGCAUCUAGCCGUCAACUCCAAUACCCCAGUCGAUGAUUUCCACACCAAUGACGUCUGCAGCUUUCCCAACGCACUUGUCACGAAGCUCCUGCUGGACUGUGGUGCCGAGGUGAAUGCUGUAGACAACGAGGGCAACAGUGCCCUUCAUAUUAUCGUCCAGUACAACAGGCCCAUCAGCGAUUUCCUGACCCUGCACUCCAUCAUCAUUAGCCUUGUUGAAGCUGGCGCUCACACUGACAUGACAAAUAAACAGAACAAGACUCCACUAGACAAAAGUACCACUGGGGUGUCUGAAAUACUGCUUAAAACUCAGAUGAAGAUGAGCCUCAAGUGCCUGGCUGCCCGAGCAGUUCGGGCUAAUGACAUCAACUACCAAGACCAGAUCCCCAGAACUCUGGAAGAGUUUGUUGGAUUUCAUUAAGUGACUGGAUAUGUAAAAUCGUUUAAUGUGGUGCUAAAAAGUAAAGGACUUUAAUCACA